CGCUAACGUCUCCGCGUAGCAGCUCAAUCAGUGACGUGGAUUUUCGUUCAGUCAGUGCUGCCACUGCCAGAAACACGAUUCAAAGCUUGUGCACCAAAUUUCUUCUAACUGACGUAAUAUACCUGCCGUGUGUUUGUCUUAUAUGUCGAUGUUGUUUACCGGCUGUUAAACUAGGACGCAGUUUUCCACGGUUAUCGUUUACAGGUGAGAAAUCUUAUAAAAUCGUCGUAGUUUCAGGGUUUCCUGUUGUCUGGCGAUCAGAAGUAUCUCCACUGAUCUGUUUAACCUCAGUGUGUUGGCAAGAGACGCCUCGGACUGAAGGAUGAGUAAAAACAAAGUGUUAAACCUGAGGGAUAAAAUCAGUGGAAAUGAAGUGGACCUGAGCCUGAGUAACCUCAGUGAGGUACCAGUCAAAGAGCUCUCUUCAUUUCCCAAAGCCACUGCCGUGGACAUGUCCUGCAACAACAUCAUCUCCCUUCCUCCAGAGUUCUGCAGCCUGACUCACUUAGUGAAGCUGGACUUGAGUAAAAACCAGCUGACCCGUUUGCCAGAUGACCUGGGGAACCUAGUCAACCUUCAACAUCUGGACCUGUACAACAACAAGCUGACGGUUCUGCCUGUCAGCUUCUCUCAGCUCAGGAAUCUGAAGUGGCUCGAUCUGAAGGAUAACCCUCUGGAACCUGGCCUAGCUAAAGCUGCAGGAGACUGCCUGGAUGAGAAGCAGUGUAAACUGUGUGCCAUAAAGGUUCUGCAGCUCAUGAGAGCAAUUCAGGAGGAUGUUGAUCGCGCACGGGAGAAACGUCUUUUAAAGGAAAAAGAGCUGGAGAAGAAGAGGGAGGCCAAACAGAGGGAGCGGGAGGCCAAAGAGAGGGAGGCCCGUAAACAGGAAAAAGCAGAGGAGAAGGAGAAGAGGAGGAAGGAGUACAACGCUCAGGUGGCAGCUGCAGCUGCGAAGGCUCAGCAGAAGAAAAAUGAGAAGAAAAAGAAAAAUGGACAAGCAGCAGAUAAAAACGUUGCAGCAAAGCCAGCACCUAAACCAUGCCGCUCUCUCAUUGGUCUGGUGUUUAAGCUCCUCCUCCUGCUGAUGUUGGGCAUGGUAGGAAUCGUCGCUGCCUGUCAGCUCACCGACCUACAGAAGGAAGCCGUCUGCGUGCCGAUCAACGCCGCCGUCACUGACGGCGUAUCCUGGGUCAAAGUGCAGGAGGGUGUGGCCAGACAGCUGCUGCUGAACCUGUCGUCCGCCGUAAAAGAACUUGUUGAAUCUUCACAAACAACUAAGAACUGAUCCAGAGGAGCAUGCAGAAACGAGACUGAGCUCUCCCUCCUCCUGUCUGCAGGACAGGGAGGUGAGAGUUCUGCAGAAGGACAUGUACAGGGAGAGACGUGUUAUUCCCAUGGAAUGGUCUUCACUGUCUCACCAUCUUUGUACUACAGCUUCAUUUUUUAAAAGUGUGUCUCCACGGCCUCCAUCAGCAGCAUUUCACAUUUAGACCUGCAGGCAGCUGUUUUACAGGCACAUCGUCAGGAUGUAUUUGAUAUAAUAAUUCUGUAAAAUGUUGAGUCUGUUUGUGCUGCAUGAGUUAGAAACAUCUGCAGCAGAGGUCUGAGCAGGUCCUUCAUCACGACCCUACAAGUGAAACGUCACAGCUCAGAUCCUCCUGAGGCUCGAAGACACUGGUGAACUGUACCAUCUGACAAAUAAAAAUACAGGAAUCGAUUUUGCCAAAGAUGCAAAUUUAAUUUAGGAACGGUUUCAAUUUUAUUUGUAAACCAGGAAGAAGUUUUUAUGUUCACAGUUUAAAUAACAGAUACAGCUUUAGCUUUAUAUUUGUAUCACCAACUCUUAAAAAUGGUUUCUCAUGAAUAAUUCUAACAGGCAGGUUGAAAUUAAAUGUUUGUUGAUCGUGACAAAAUCUGCAACCAAUAAAUCAGGGUGAGGUCCCACAUCCAG